AAAACAGCUGUUUUUAUUAUACGUAAACAAAAGGAAAUAAAUAAAUGCAAUUAACUUCUCUUAAUGUCCUUGCUGGCAUAUUUAAAUCUAGCAAUAAGUGAGCUACACAGCAUAUUUAUACGUACUGAUUCAUACCAUCACAAUGGCCUGUGAAGUUAAAACAUUUGGAUAUCUUCAAGAUUUUACAAAGGUCCAGGAAUACUUUGGACUAAAACAUGAUGAAAAUUGGCUUAAUGGCAUUAACUAUUCCAUAUCACCAACGGGAGAGUUAAUUGCCAUGACUCUUGGAGAAAAGUUGGCCCUAUUAAGCUCCAGCUGGAACUCAACGCCCACAUACAGUCUUUGUUGGUGUGGCGAACUGGAGGAUCCCAAUCAAAUUGUGACAUCCGUUAUAUGUCUACCAAUGUAUGGUCGUUCAGUGAACACUGGAGCAGAAUGGACAUGUGUGGCAAUGGGUCUUAACUCGGGAAUGGUAGUGUUUUAUACCGAUUCGGGUAUAAAACUUUAUUCACAAAUCUACCACGAAGCAUCUGUUGUAACGAUUAAAGCCCAUACACCACCGAAACGUUCCGAAGCUGAGACAUUUAUUUAUAUUGUAUAUGAUAAUUGUGUAUGCACUCUGAAGGGAUCUGAUUUUGUACCGCAUCUAAACAAUUUGCGACAAAAUUUAAAUCGCACGGCUGGACGUAACUCUGCAACAUAUUCCGGACACUCAAAUGCAACAAUUGCCGAUUUGUUGAGUUAUCAAAAAUUUACAUUUCCCAACGGGAAGGAUACUAUUAUAAAUGAUGCUGUAGUCGAUGCCACACAAAUACCAAGAGUUUUUGAUCACAUUGUUGAUCAAUGUGUUUCAUUUGGUUUCCAUGCCCGUGUAUCGUCUACAACAAUGAAAAGUUCGACAAUUGUGGGUGUUGGCGCAGAACCUUGUUUGGGUUACUAUCUGGCUGAGGAAGGUUAUAAGACAAUAUCGUUUGGUGAAGUGGCAAAAGAUGUCAUUGGCACAGCUUAUCGCAAUAUUAUGGGAAAUAUUUUUGGUCGGGCCCCACCUACACCGUCGCCAGAAGAGCAGCCAUCACAAUCCGUUGGCAAAGAAUUGCAAAUGCGUACAAAAUGUCGCUUCUUCGAUGCAAAACGGGACGGCAACACUAUAUCCAUUGCUCCAAAUGGUCGUCUGGCUGUGGUCAUUGAUAAUUUGGAUAGAGUAUUACUAGUCGAUACUCAGAGGUGUGAAAUAAUUCGUGUGUGGAAAGGCUAUCGCGAGGCACAAUGUGCAUUUGUGCCAGUCAAAGAGAAAACCCUGAAAGGGGUGGCAACGUCCAGACGCAAAACCCUGUUCUUAGUGAUAUAUGCUCCACGCUUAGGUUGCUUAGAAAUAUGGCCACUGCAGCAUGGGCCUAAAGUGGCAGCCUUCACCGUUAGCAAAAAUGGCCUACUGGCCUAUAGCACGCACGGUUUAAUGGGUCUAACACCAGAGAGUAAGAACCGUACUCACAUUAAUACAUGUCUCUUUCUCGACCCCAGCGAUGCCUGUGUCAAGGAAAUACAAAUACCAUUUCACUAUGCUUUAAGUACCGCCAAUUCAGCCACUUCCAAAGAUAUACACAUACUCAGACGUCUGAAAAAUCUUUUGCGUUCUAAUGACAGCAAAAAUCUUGAUAUUGAAGAAAUCACCUCAAUGGCUGCCGACUUUCAAACAAUUGAGGUGCGUCAGCAGUGCAUGGAAAUGUUACUUAAAAGCAAGCAAUUACAGGCGCAUGUUUUUCAAAGCAUCAUCAACGCUUUUGACCUAACUUUGCAGGAGCAAAUAGAAAAUCCAGAAAAAUAUCACAUUAAAUCAAUUGAAGACUAUGAAAGUUUUCAAACAAGUGUACGCAAUUAUAAACACCUCUGCAAGUUCUACAUGGAAAUGAAAGUGCCUCAGCAGCGUGAAUAUGUAGAAACAUUAGAGCUGGAUGAGAGUGAUCUUGUUAUAAUUCAGCAGCUGGUAUUGCUUUUAAGCGAUACCUAUCUGCUGAAACAACAAAUGUCAGAAUUUGGCCUGGAUACUGGUUCAACUACACGCGGAGUUACCUUUGGUGCUGAAUUCGAUGAUGUUGGUGAAUUUGUUGAAUUUCUCAAUAUUUUCCAAGUGGAUCAGCGAGAUCGGAUACCUUUGUUUAAGGACAAAUCGAGACAUUAUGGAGAAGUUAGCUCAAAACUCUUUCAUCGUUUCUUUACACAUGGCCUAUGUUUUGAUCAGUUCAAAAUUGCGGCAGAAAAAUCACUAAUACCCUAUCAAGAUCUAUUGGUAUUGGCUCUAUAUUAUUGGCUGGAGAAACCAUUUUUAUAUAAAAAUUGCGAUGAAGUCAUAAGCGAUAUGUCACGCUUGGCUGAAAUGAUUAAAUCUAUAUGUGAUUUGGCCGGAGAUGUAGUUAAUGACUAUGCCUAUAAUACGAUUUCUUCUUGGUGGCAAUAUGUCAGGGAAUUACUGUUGAAUAGCCCCAAAUCCUUGGGACUCCUGGUGGCAAUCGUAUGCAAAACUGUAGCAAUAUCUUUGCGACGUGAAUUUAAAGAGGGUUCCUGCGACGAAGGUUCUCAAAAUGAAGAUGAUAAUUUCGAACGCAUAUCUCAUGAUGAAGCUCAAUGGGGAUUGUUAAUAGGCAAACUAGAAGACAUAGCUAUUUUGGGAGCUAUUUUAGAAUAUCCCAUACAAAGUGUGGAACCCGUAAUGCCAGAAAUUCCCUAUGAACAACCAGAUUGCAGUUUAAAGUUUAUUGUUAGUGGUGGCAAAGGUAUUGUCACAGAUCUAACAGCAAAAUGGUUAAUAAAUACUCGCAUACAUCCCUCGAAGAUUGUGGAAAUCGAUAAUGCUGAAAUUGUUCUAGAAGGUGGAGAUAAGUCAGUGCAAAAUUCUACAACAGUUGAUACUCAACAAGAUUUGAGUCCAAGAAAAACACAAUUAAACGACGACAAUGCUGAAUUGGAUGCGGUGCUCAUGAAGCUAACGUUAUUGAGGAAACAUUUUCCUUUUAGUUUGGAAUCCGGUUCUUUACUAAGCCUUUUGACAUGGCAUUAUAUGAUAUAUUGGAGCAAGAAUUUAACAAGUUUAGAACAUUUCAGGGCCGCCAUUGAAUGUCUGGAGCAAUUUAGAGUAACUGACCAAGCUCUCAAACACGGCAUUUCUUGUAUGCUUUGGCAAGCGGCUAUAAAGUUUCCCCUACAAAGUACAGCCAAAUUGAUAAAUAAAGUUGGUAGACUGCCAAAGGACAAAUUGUGUCAGCAGGACAUUGAAAUGUCAGCAUCAUGUGUUCCCGAAUUUUUGGAACUGUGCUUAUCAUUCCUUCAUCAUAUGGAAGAUUCAUUAAAUCAUGGAUCAUAUGAUCUAAAAUUUGAAGUGUCCUUGGCCGAAGGUCAAACCCCAUUACAAUUUCUCGCUCUGCAGCAACACCAUGCCAUUAAGGAGCUGAUGAAAUUGCACUAUGAAUUGUGUUCGGUUUUACAUUUCAUUUCGUUCUUCCAAUUGAGAGUAUCGAAACCCAUGACCUUGGUAUUUGAUGCAAUGAGCAACAAAGCCUUCUUUGCUGAUAUAAAUAAAGAGCUUAAAUUUGUACUACCAGCUCCCGAUAUGGUUCUACAACAGCACCGAACAGAUUUUCUAUGUAAAGCUAUAACCGCAUCAAUGGAUUUGAUAAGAGAAGACCUGGAACAACUAUUUGUGGCUGAACAUAUGCAAUAUAUGGAUAAAUUUUUCAAACUAGCUGAAAGUUGGAGUUUGGAUCAAAGGGCUUUAAGAAGAAGACAGAUUGUCGAUCUAUAUGCUCAUGGUUUCGAUGCAAAUGCGGAGCAAUUGCUUACCGAUAUAGCAGAUGAUGAAUUCAUAGGACGUAUGCUACUUGAAAUUGCUGGUCGGCGUUUAAAUUUAUAUGCAAAUACAUCACAAGGUACAUUCUUGAAAAUAGCAUCGGUGGGACAACAACUUUUGUGUUAUUUGGACAAUCUUCACGAAUCUCCGAACAAUAAUAAUUUACAAAUUGCCGCUUCUGAUCCUCAAGAAAUCGACCUUACUGCCUUAAGUAAAUUAGUGCACAAUUCCGUUCGGCAUAUACCACCAAAGGAACAGGCUCUUCUGCGUAUUGGCGCACAAAUGUUUGAUGUAUGCACCCUUUUACAAGAAUAAUGGAUUAAAUGAAAUACAAUGAACCCUCAUGCCUAUUAUGUUACUUAUUAUAUUAUUAUUAUUAUAAGCAACAACAAAAAUUAACAAAAUGAAAUGUAUUUAGUUCUAAAGCAAUAUUUUCUUUAUUCAAGUAAAAUAUUAAGUGUGUAUUUAUUUAAAAAUAAAAAACGUAACAUUUUUUA